AUGAAACCGACAGCCCUGUUAGACUGUAAGACAAAAAAAAUACAAAAUACAACCAAUUACCCACGCAGGCGUAACGUCACUCACGCCCCGCCCAUUCUGCGCCUGAUGUGUAUGUCCUGCGGGAUGAGUCAGAGAGAGGUGGGCGGGGUUUAGGAGCACACAGAACUUUCUAUUCGCAUAGUGGGCGCGAGGCUGCGUAAAGUAGAGAGCGGGACUAGGUGAGCCGCGAGCGGCGGUCACUGGGACGUUAUUGGAACGUCAUUGGACAGGCCCUGGACCUUAACGAGCUGCACGUGUGUAACACGACUGGCUGUAUAAGAAGCGAUACGCGUGAAUGGUAGUAGAUUGUCAGUGAGGGCAGAGUGCUCUGUGUCGGGUUGUUAGGACUGGCGGGCUGGGUGGGUGCAGUGCUGGCUGUUUGUGGAAUUUAGUUUCUUUGCUUAAUGGAUAACAUCUGCCCCAGAUAGGCUAUCUGUGGGAAUGUGAUGUUUAGUAUUUGUAUAUUAGUUCCAUACGUGUGUGCUGAUUUGUUCCCCUCAGCUAAUAAACAUCACAACUUCCCUCAAACUAAAGCUCACACUAGCAAAACGGAAGUGUGGAGGAGAGCAGAGCAUCUACAGCAUGAACUAACAUUCUGAUUGGAGCCUUUACAGACAUAACCAAAUACAGAUAAUUGAAUAAUUCAUACGUGUAUGAUCAUGAUAACCAUGUAAGAACCAAAACGUUUCUGUGACUUAUUGAGCACGCACCCACUUUUAUUUUGUCAUUAGCAUUAGAAAAACACUUCUAACGUUAAAUGGACGUCCCAGGCCCCUAAAACACUUUCUAAAACGUUUUAUGUGUGAAGAGUGUGUCCUAUAUUUUUUUCCAUUUUACAAAAAGUGCAGAUUUCAAUACAAAACAGACACUUAUAAAUCAACCUGAUUACAAUCCACUUGCUGGCAAUCAGACAAUUGGUCAUGUCAAGUCCUGGUUUAGUUAGCUCAGUAGAGGUAAACUUAAAGGGACACUAUAGUCACCUGAACAACUUUAACUUAAUGAAGCAGUUUUGGUGUAUAGAACAUGCCCCUGCAGCCUCACUGCCCAAUCCUCUGCCAUUUAGGCGUUAAAUCCCUUUGUUUAUGAACUCUAGUCACACCUCCCUGCAUGUGACUUGCACAGCCUUCCAUAAACACUUCCUGUAAAGAGAGCCAUAUUUAGGCUUUCUUUAUUGCAAGUUCUGUUUAAUUAAGAUUUUCUAAUCCCCUGCUAUGUUAAUAGCUUGCUAGACCCUGCAAGAGCCUGUGAUUAAAGUUCAAUUUAGAGAUUGAGAUACAAUUAUUUAAAGGACCACUAUAAGCACCCAGACCACUUCAGCUUAAUGAUUUGGUCUGGGUGCCAGAUCCAGCUAGGGCUAACCCUUUUUUCUAUAAAAUAUGUUUAUAUUAGGGUUAAUCCAGCCUCUGGUGGCUAAUCCAGCCUCUAGUGGCUGAAUGCUUUCCUAUGGACGGGCUGAAUGCGCGCGCGGCUCUUACCGCGCAUGCGCAAUUAGUGGAGGAGAGCUCGGUGCUGGAGAAAGAGGUAAGUUUAACCCCUUCCUCACCCUAGUGCCCGGCGGGAGGGGGACCCUGAGGGUGGGGGCACCCUCAGGGCACUAUAGUGCCAGUAGAACGAUUGUGUCUUUCUGGCACUAUUAGUGUUCCUUUAAGGUAAAUUACAUCUGUUUGAAAGUGAAACCAGUUUUUUUUUUUUUUUUCAUGCAGGCUCUGUCAAUCAUAGCCAGGGGAGGUGUGGCUAGGGCUGCAUAAAGAGAAACAAUUUAACUCCUAAAUGCAGUGAAAUUGCAGGGGAAUGAUCUAUACACUAAAACUGCUUUAUUUAGCUAAAGUAAUUUAGGUGACUAUAGUCUGUGAUUGGACAGGGUUAAAAGAGAUGGAUUUGCAAAGGCAGCAGACAAGAGAACUGCAGGCUUUGCAAGCUAUUUUUAUAUAACUCCAAUGAAAAAAAGCCCAAUUAAACUCAUGCACUGUUCCAUUUGGGGUAUAUCUACUAAACAGUGCUUUCUACUUGAACACUGAAGUGUCCGUUUAAAAGAACCAUCUAAGUAACAUUACAGCUUGCUGUAGUGGUUAUGUUGUCUUGACUGUCUUAGUGCCGUCCCCUUUUUCAUGCCGAACCAUUAGGAACGAUUUGUCAUAAACAUGAGCUAUUCCUACUGCCCAGUGAUCUUUUACUCUGUUGCAUUGAUAAAGCAUAAUUAUUACCAGUUAUCAUUAUCACUAUUGUAAAAACUAGAUAACAUAGUUAUUGAUUUAGAGUGCUGGAUGCAGGUUUUGCAGGUGUUUGCAAACUGCUCCUGAAUACAUUAAGAGUAGAUUAGGUAAGGGCUGUAGUAUUUUACAUUUUUUUUUAUAUAUAUUAUUGCAUUCCAAUUGUAUUUUGAUAUUAAUAUGUAUAAUUCUAUAUUAAUAUCGAAAUACACUUAGAAAUAAGGUACAUAUAAAAUAGAAUUCUAAGUAUAUGUUGGACAACCAAUCCUGCCAAUGAAUCUGAUCCGCGUCAUGUCAUCUCGUUAUUACCGCGAUCACAUGACUCGGAUUGACUGCAGAGCGACUGCUUGGGUUGACAGGCACAUCCCCCGAUCUUGAUCGCCGUGGAGGGUAAGUAUUGCUCCUGGAGAGUGGGCUAGAUCGUUAGAGCGAGCUAUGCAACCCUAACUGUGUUUUCCUUUUUUUAGGACAGCAUCACACAUCCUAACGUCUCGAAGGAGCUAAUAUUGCUAAUUCAAAAUUCUAAUUAGUGCAUUAGCAAUAUAUUUAGGGACUUGGAAAUUUGUGCAUUGUGACCAUUAGUUUGGGUGGAUAUGCUCAGACAGUUUGACAUAAAACCAGGGGAUGGUGCCAGGGCCAUAAUGGCACCAUAACCACUACAACUGGCUUUAAAUGAAAGCUAUUCACAUUUUUUAAUUUAAAAUAUUAUAUGUAUUAUAGCCUCUGUAUUCAUUAUUUGUAAUGCAUACAUAUAAAAAAUGCAUCGUCUGUCUUACACUGUGUACACAUAAUUCCUCUGAUUAGAAGCUUAUCUGAUGAAAGUUAAAGGAACAUGAUGGGCACCAGAACAACUUUAUCAAAUAAAGUCGUUAUGGUGCUUCCUUACCUUUUAGGGUUUAAACUGUUCAUAAACUGUUUAACCCCUAAGUUAGUUCUUCAGCGUUGCACCUCUUUGUAACUAUCCACAUCCGCACUCUCUUUAGAAAACUUGGCUCUAAAACCAAUCAAUAGCCCAUUUAUAAAAAGGUUAUGUACCUACUUAUGAAUGGAUAGCUACUGAUUGACUUAGAGCAUUACUUGACCGCUCUGAGACAAUCAGAGGCACUCUUGCCCGGCAGCAGACUGUACUUCCUGCAUCAGAAUUGGAGAAAGUGGAAUGGACAAUUGGAAGGAAGAACGGUGCUUCUUUUUGAUGAAGUUAUGUUGCCUGUAUUGUUCCUUUAAUUAAAGAAUAUAUGUGGAAUCAUGUAUACUGAUAUCACAUGGCAUUGCUAACCAUCUCAAAAGUGUGCUCGGGGUUGGAUUUAGACCUUUAAAUUGUACAUGUCCUUAGCAUAUAAUUGGGGCUUCAGUGAAGAUUUGAACCUGAACUUCUGUGAGCUGGGUAUCCUCCCCAGACUUGCUAAUAAGUUAAAUGUGACUGGGCCACCGCUGCCAUGGUUAACAAGUUCAGUUUUACUUACCUUUCUUCCCUUGCAGCAGUGGCCACUGGCAUUCUGUGCUACCUCUUUGGCUAAGAUCAUAGAGAUUGAUGGUCUUAUCCAAUCCAAUGCUUCCCAAUAGGGAUGCAUUGGGAGGCUAGUUCACUUGUGUAGCAAAACUCUGCGCCAAUCUGAUGGACUGAGUGGGUGGGACGCAUGGCAUCCACAACAUGUAAUUGAGGAUAGGCUAUUUAUUUGCAUAGAAUUUAACAGAAGUGUGUUUAUUUUUACCUAAGAGAGUGUCCUCGUUACAUGAGGAGGGUCAUCCGUAUUAAUAACCCCACUGCGCUGACAGGCCAUAGUAGAAAGUCCAAUUCCACUUCAGGACUCUUGUCUCCACUUUUCUUCACCAAGCAUGGCAGAGAUUGAAAAGUAUCCUAUUUUAAUUGCAGUUAAUAAAAGUAUUUUCAUGAAAUAUCUGUAAUUUUAGAAUUCAUUUAUGGAACACCCAUCUAACUAUCAAUCAGGGGUGCUAAGGGUAGUGGUAGGCAUGCUCUACCUUAGACAGACCUCCGAUCAGAUGCACGCAUUUGCUCUUGGACACAUCUGUUCAAGACUCCUAUGUAUGUAGCUUUUACUGCUUUGCAAACAGCAUAGCAAUAAAGACCAAGAAGGUUGUUACCACUACGCUUGAUUUCUUAACAUGAAUUUGUUAUUGGAUUGACUAGUUGGGAAACCAAAAUAUAUUCUAUGACAGGCCUUCUAUGAUAAGGGCUGAAAAUCCAUCUGUUUCUCCAUGCCUUAGCAGCUGCUUCUCGGUUGCUUUUUCAUUCUUUUAUGAUACGGGAAUGAUAGGUGUGGUGAGACAUCAUAUUUAAUCAAUUUGACUUGGUGUACAGGACAGCAAAUAUGCUCUGGAUGAACUGCGGGGUGCAUUGAUGAGAUUGCUUACUUUUUUUUUCCCUAUGGACACUAAUAAUUAUAACACAUUUCUGUAGUUUAGUGGUAGACAACUAAAAAAUAUGAUGAUACAUGUUUUUAUUAAAGUUUGUGUGUACACAUUAUCAUAUAUGUAAGUAUAUUUUAUGAAAACCCUCUAAAAUGCUUCUCUUCUUUUUCUUUUUUCUUUUUUAUAAAUCAGGAUGAGGAAAAAUCAGAAGUAAGCCUGUUAACUUGCAUAAGAGGAGCAAACCUGGAUACAGUUUUUACUUUUUCAACAAUAAUGGAUGUACAGCUUUAUAAUAUUUUGGCAUUUUGA